GAUUCUAAUGUAGGCAUUUUGUAUGUUUCAGUGGUUGAAGGACUAGCUCUGCUGGAUUUAGGGGUCUCGCCAUACUCUGGAGCUGUUUUCCAUGAGACCCCACUGAUUAUAUAUCUCUUUCACUUCCUGAUUGAGUAUGCUGAAUUGGUGUUCAUGAUAACUGAUGUGCUAACUGCUGUUGCCCUUUACUUGGCCAUCCAGGACUUCAACAAAGUUGUGUUCAAAAAGCAAAAGCUCCUGAUAGAACUGGAUAAAUAUGCUCCAGAUGUGGCUGAACUCAUCCAGACACCCAUGGAAAUGCACUACAUCCCCCUCAAGGUAGCACUGUUCUAUCUGUUAAACCCCUACACUGUGAUGUCUUGUGUGGCAAAGUCCACCUGCGCCAUCAACAAUACUGUCAUUGCAUUCUUCAUUUUAGCCACAAUAAAAGGUAGUGCCUUUCUCAGUGCUGUGUUCCUGGCCUUAGCAACAUACCAGUCACUCUACCCUCUCACAUUGUUUGCUCCAGCACUCCUUUACCUUCUACAGCGUCAGUUCAUACCUAUCAAACCAAAAAGCAAAAGCUUCUGGCUCUACACCGUGCAGUAUGCAGCCCUGUACCUGUGCAGCCUGGUGGUGAUCAUCUGCCUCUCCUUCUUCCUCCUCAACUCCUGGGAUUUUAUCCCAUCUGUUUACGGGUUUAUCCUUUCUGUUCCAGAUCUGACACCCAAUAUUGGCCUUUUCUGGUACUUCUUUGCAGAGAUGUUUGAACACUUUAGUCUUUUCUUCGUAUGCGUGUUUCAAAUCAAUGUGUUCUUCUACACCAUUCCCUUGGCAAUAAAGCUAAAGGAGCACCCCGUGUUCUUCAUGUUUGUCCAGAUUGCAAUCAUUUCCAUCUUCAAGUCCUAUCCCACUGUGGGAGACGUUGCAUUGUACAUGGCCUUCCUUCCUGUAUGGAACCACCUUUACAGAUUCCUCCGGAACAUCUUCAUCCUGUCAUGUGUGCUCAUUGUCUGCUCCCUCCUGUUCCCUGUUCUGUGGCAUCUAUGGAUUUAUGCAGGAAGUGCCAACUCCAAUUUUUAUUAUGCCAUCACGCUGACUUUCAACAUAGGGCAGAUCCUGCUUGUCUCGGAUUAUUUCUAUGCCUUCCUCCGACGGGAAUACUACCUCACUCAUGGACUGCAUUUGACAAAGCCAGAUGGGACAGAAGCCAUGCUUGUUUUGAAGUAA